AUGGGUGCUCAAAACUCAAGAGAAGAACAUGUCGAAACAUUCGAUGAAAAGCGUGCCGAGAUGAUGGCCAUUGUUGAACAAGAGGUUCUGAACAGCAACAUGUCUCUUGCCAAUAGCCAAGAAAAGUACUUGUCUCAAGCCAUGGCCAAUAUGGAUCUGAACGAGAAGCAGGUCAAGGAGCAUUACUCUCGCCUUACCCCUCGUGCUCUCGACAAGUUCUCGGAACAUUUUUGGCAUGACAAGAAAAACCAACUGGCCAUGAAUGCUAUCAUGAACAAUGACCCCACCAAAAUCAUGGUCAACCCUAAAGCAGCUAUUGAUAACCGCCAUGUUUUCAAUGUCAAGCUCGAUGUAGAGGGUGCUGCUACCAAUCAAAAGCAAAGUGGUCGCUGUUGGAUCUUUGCAGGUACAAAUGUUCUCCGCUUAGCCGUGAUUCGUAAGUACAAGCUUAACGAUGAUUUCGAAUUAAGUCAAAAUUUCCUUUUCUUCUAUGAUAAACUCGAAAAGGCAAACUGGUUCCUUGAAAACAUGAUUGAUUUGGCCGAUGAAGAUAUCAAUGACCGCGUUGUUCAGUACUUGUUGACUGAUCCUGUUGGUGAUGGUGGCCAAUGGCAAAUGUUUAUCAACCUAGUUGAAAAGUAUGGUGUCGUGCCCAAGAGCGCUUUCCCCGAAACUGUUGCAUCUAGCUCUACUGGUAAACUCAACUGGCUUGUAACUGUAAAGUUGAGAGAGUUCGCCGCUCAAAUCCGCAAGUCUUUAUCUGAUGGUCUCUCCAUCAACACUAUCCGUGUGAUCAAAGAGGAAAUGAUGCAAGAUAUAUACCGCAUCAUGGUGAUCUACUUGGGCGAACCUCCUGCCAAGUUUGACUGGGAAAUCAUGGACAAGAAUGGCAAGUGUGUGUCAGUGCAUGGCUUGACUCCAAAGAAAUUCAUGAAGGACAUUGUGGAGUACCCUAUCGCCGAGACCAUGUCCUUGAUCAACGAUCCUCGCAACACCUAUUCAAGAGCUUACACUGUGGCAAGAUUGGGUAACAUUGUCGGUGGAGACGAUAUUAAGUAUGUCAACACCACAAUUGCCACGAUGAAAAAACUUGCUGUUGAGGUUCUGAAAUCCGGCAAUCCUGUUUGGUUUGGUUGCGAUGUUGGACAAUUCAGCGACAGAAGUGUUGGAUCCAUGGACACGAAAGUAUUUGACUAUAAGCUGACAUUUAACGUCGAAUUCAACUUGUCAAAAGCCCAACGUUUGCUCUAUGGCGAGAGUGCCAUGACUCAUGCUAUGGUCUUUACAGGCGUUCACCUUGAUAAAGACAAUGCACCUGUCCGUUGGAGAGUAGAGAACAGCUGGUCUGAAACUUCUGGUGACAAGGGCUUCUGGAUCAUGACUGACGAAUGGUUCUCCGAAUUUGUCUAUCAAGUUGUGCUUGAGAAGCGUGCUGUUCCUAAAAAGUUGGUGGAUUUGUUGGAUGAAAAGCCCAUUGUAUUGCCUGCUUAUGAUCCCAUGGGUGCUUUGGCUAUUCGUAAAUAG